AUGACCAGUCAGCAACAGAUGAUAGUGCACAGAUGCAGGUUUGUGGAUUUUACACCUGCCACAAUCACUUCUCUAGCAUUUUCACAUAAAUCAAACAUAAAUAAAUUGACUCCAUCGGAUUUGAGACUUGCCAUUGGUAGGUCUAACGGUAACAUAGAAAUCUGGAAUCCAAGAAACAACUGGUUCCAGGAAAUGGUUAUUGAAGGUGGCAAAGACAGAUCAAUUGAAGGCUUAUGCUGGAGCAAUGUCAGUGGUGAGCCAUUAAGACUCUUUUCCAUUGGUGGUUCUACUGUCGUUACAGAAUGGGACUUGGCUACGGGUUUACCAUUAAGAAAUUAUGACUGUAAUGCAGGCGUGAUCUGGUCUAUUGCCAUCAAUGAAUCCCAAGAUAAGCUGUCAGUGGGCUGCGAUAAUGGGACUGUGGUACUUAUAGAUAUAUCUGGGGGGCCGGGUGUCUUGGAACACGAUACUAUCCUAAUGAGACAAGAAGCCAGAGUAUUGACUUUAGCUUGGAAGAAGGAUGACUUCGUUAUUGGAGGUUGUUCUGAUGGUAGAAUAAGGAUUUGGUCAGCUCAAAAAGGUGAAGAAAACAURGGUCGUCUAUUGCAUACCAUGAAAGUCGACAAAGCCAAAAGAGAAUCCACUUUAGUUUGGUCCGUUAUCUAUUUGUCAAAGACUGAUCAAAUUGCUUCUGGUGAUUCUACCGGCUCCAUAAAGUUCUGGGAUUUCCAAUUUGCUACAUUGAACCAGUCUUUUAAAGCACAUGAUGCAGACGUCUUAUGCCUAACUACUGAUAUUGAUAACAAUUACGUGUUUAGUGCUGGUGUGGAUAGAAAGAUCUUCCAAUUUUCUCAAAAUAGCAACAAAUCUCAAAAGAACAACAGAUGGGUGAACUCUUCCAACAGAUUACUUCACGGUAAUGAUAUUAGAACCAUAUGUGCAUACCAAUCUAAAGGUGCCGAUUUUCUGGUCUCAGGAGGUGUUGAAAAAACGUUAGUUAUCAACUCAGUGACCUCUUUCUCUAAUGGGAAUUAUAGGAAAAUGCCGACCGUCGAACCUUAUUCCAAGAAUGUUUUAAUCAACAAGCAACAACGUUUAAUUGUCUCGUGGAACGAAUCGACUGUUAAGAUAUGGACAAUGGGAGUUGAAUCUAAUUCAGAGCAGAAUUAUAAACUAGUGUGCAAACUAACCCUAAAGGACGAACAAAAUAUCUCAACUUGUGCUCUAUCGCCAGACGGGCAAGUGCUACUUGUGGGAAGGCCUUCCACAACCAAAAUUUUUCAUUUGCAACCAAUGGGUACCAAAUUAAAAGUGACGAAGCUAGAUAACGAACUAUUGCUGAAAACUGCCACAAAAUUGGCCCAAUUUAUCGAUAAUUCCAAAAUUGUGAUAUGCUCCUGCGAAGACGAAGUAUUCGUUGUGGACUUAGAAUCUGAAGAAGAUGAAAAACCACAAGAAAUUGAACUUUUAGAAAUCACUUCCACUAAAAGUAGCAUUAAAGUUCCAUAUAUCAAUAGAAUCAACCAUUUGGAAGUAAAUCAAGAUAUUGCAGUUAUUUCUCGUGGGUGUGGGGCUGUAGACAUACUAAACCUAAAGACACUAGAGGCAAAAUCAUUGGUUCGUUUGAAUAACUUUAUCACCGCUGUUCACAUUAACUUACCCAGAAAGUCUGUUGUUGUAAUUACUGCAGAAAACAAGAUUUAUGAAUUUAACAUGAACUUAAUUUCAGAAUCUGAAAACGAAGACGAUGAAAGUCUAUUAACCCAAUGGUCAAAGAAUAAUACCGAAAACCUUCCAAAAGAAUGGAAAUCAUUAAAAGAGAACUGUGUGGGUAUUUUCACGGAUGUGAAAAAUAGUAAUAGGUUAUGGUUUUGGGGUGCUACUUGGAUCUCAAGAAUAGACUUUGACGUUGAUUUCCCAAUAAAUAAGAGAAGGAAACAGAAGAAACGUAGCCACGAAGGGCUAACUAUCACAGAUGAAAGUAAUUUCAUGAACGAUGAAGAAGAUGAUGAGGAUGACGAUAUCGAUAUGGAAAUCAAUGAAAACCUAAACGUAUUAUUAAGUCAAGGAAAUAAAAUAAAGACCACAGAUGCACACCGGAAUGAAGAAAGUACAAACGACUAUUUCUUUACCGAUAAAUACAGACCUUUAUUAUUUGUUGACUUAAUAUCCAGUGAUGAAUUAGCCAUCAUUGAAAUAAAUCCAUUAAGUUCUCAUUCCAAGCAAAAGGCAUUUGUUCAACCAAAGUUGGUCUUCUAA